AUGACUGUGUCGCCAUGCUACCUGUACUUCUGCCCCUUUGGUGCCGUCUGCCAGGUGGACGCCAACAACCAACGCGUCUGCUCCUGUCAGCACCGCUGCAGCGAUAUAUUCACUCCCGUCUGCGGGACGGACGGCGCCACCUACGUCAACCCGUGCAUGCUGUCAAGGACGGCGUGUUUGCGCGGCAAGAAUAUACAAGUCAAGCACCAGGGCGCAUGUGGUGUCCGAGACCCGUGCGAGGGCUGGAUCUGCAAGUUCGGUGCCGAGUGCAUGUCUUCGAUGGACGGGCAGAUGGCACGGUGCCAGUGCCCGGCAGAGUGCCCGUCCUACGGCGACAGCGUCGGCAGCAAGCCGGUGUGCGGCAACGACGGCAACGACUACGCCAACAUGUGUGAGCUGAGGAAGACGGCAUGUCUGAGGAUGGAGGACAUUCGGGUCAAGUACUACGGCAAAUGUGACCCGUGUGAAGGUCACGUCUGCGAGUCACCCAAGAUCUGCCAGAUCAACGCCCAGCGAGAACCCGAGUGCCGCUGUAGCUUCGUCUGCCCCAGCGAGCUGAGCCUCGUCUGCGGGACUGACGGCCGAACCUACAGCAACCAGUGCCUUCUGAGGAAGCAGGCUUGCAAGUCCCGCAAGGAGAUUCGUAUGUUCUAUGCCGGCAAAUGCAGCCCAGGAUUAACCAUCAUUAAAGGCACUGUAAGAGAUGAGUAUAAUAAUAUUGAUCAUGAGAAUAAUCCUUGCAGCCAGGUUCAGUGUGGCCCCGAGGAGGAAUGCACGGUUGACAGAUCAGGGCGACCGACGUGCGUGUGCCCGCCCCCGUGCGAACCCGUGCUGCGGAGGGUGUGCGGCAACGACAGCACCACCUACGACAACGAAUGCGAGCUCAGGAGAGCCUCGUGUUUGGAGAAGGUGCCCAUUAGCGUCAGGCAUCCGGGGCCUUGUGGAUUUGAUACAAUCUGCCAUGAUUUGAACUGCCGUUAUGGGUCUGAAUGUAAAGUUGUGAAUGGCAAACCAAAGUGUGUUUGUCCCCAGUGUACAGAAGAAUUUAAACCUGUCUGUGGUGACAACAGUAUAACCUAUGGGAAUGAGUGCAAGUUGCGGCAAGAAAACUGUCAAAGAGAGGAACAUGUUAAGAUCAAGAAGGAAGGUUCAUGUGAUGAUGGGUGUGGCAAGGAGAAAUGUGAAUUUUAUGCAGUUUGUGAAACAAUCCACGGAGAACCCAGAUGUGUGUGUCCGCAGCUCUGUAACAAGGAAUUAUUUGACCCUGUGUGUGGUAACGAUGGGAUCACAUAUGACAGCGAAUGUCAUCUUCGAGUUGAAGGGUGUCAGCGAAAAAAAUUGUUAACCAUAGCAUCCAGAGGCACUUGUGAUAAAUGUAAAGAUGUGAAAUGUGAAAACUACGCCAACUGUGAGAACGGACUGUGCGUGUGUCCGCUGCUGUGUACAACCGUGUAUGAGCCAGUGUGUGGCUCAGACGGGCGCACCUACCGUAAUGAGUGUGAGCUGAGGAAGUACUCAUGUGCUGAACACCGAAUGAUCACAAUGGAGUCAAUGGACGAGUGUGAUGACUCCAUAUCAGGUUCUGGAGGAAGUGGCGACUUCAUAGACGAUGACACUGAGGUGGACUUAGUGGUAACGGUGACACCAACAAAAAAACCCACAGACUGUAACGAGAACAACUGCGUCAAGUUUGGGGGGUCCUGUAUUCUAGAUGGCACCAAACUCAUCUGUUCCUGCAGCUUCCAGUGUGAGGCAAAAAGGCAGCCAGUGUGUGGGUCAGAUGGGCGCAUGCAUGGCAACAACUGCACCAUGUUGCAGACUUCAUGCCACAGGAAAAUGAUCAUCACAGAAAAACCUUUGGAUGAGUGUGAUGAAAUUGACAGUGAUGAGCCAUGUGAUGGCAAGCCAACAGUCAUGAACCCACUCACAAACAAGGACUACGACUGCAACCUUGAGCGCUGUCCAGUCCACAGCUACUGUCACACUGAAUUUGGCAAGUGCUGUAAGGAAGUCAUGGCACCAAUCACACACUGUAUUGAAACAGAAUUCAAAUGUUGUCAAGAUGGUGUCACACCUGCUAAAGGACCUAAUGGUGCAGGCUGCCCAGACGUGUGUGUGUGCAAUCCUUUUGGCUCCUACAGCCCAACCUGUGACCCAAAGACUAAGCAGUGCACCUGUAAACCUGGAGUAGGUGGCAAAAAAUGUGACAGGUGUGAGACUGGGUACUGGGGACUUCACAAGAUUGCUGAUUCAGGGAACGCAGGAUGUAUACCCUGUAGCUGUAGCAAGUUUGGUUCCUACCGUGAUGACUGUGAUCAAAUGACUGGCAGAUGUAUGUGUAAAUCUCACAUUAUGGGCAUGAAAUGUGACAGGUGUUUCAAUGGAAAAUUACUGGGACCUGAUGGCUGCAGAGGAAGAAAAGACAUAGAUGAUGUCAUCCCACAAAGCUGCUCAGAGGCCAACUGUCAGUACGGGGCCACGUGUAGGGCCGACUCUGACGGCUCGCUGGGCUGUUUCUGUGACCAGAAGUGCGACACCCACAGCCAACCCUCUGACACAGUGUGUGGGUCAGAUGGUCAGACGUUUGGCUCUCGCUGUCAGCUGGAGUACUACGCCUGUCGGCUGAAGAUGGAUAUUGUUGUCAUCAACUCAGGACCCUGCAGAGGGCUUCCACCCAUGCCAGUUACAACUGUGUCUCCUGUGAACAAGUCUAGAAAAACAACACGCCACAUUGAAAACAAAGAAGACAACAAAACACAAAAUUGCACAGGAAGUGUGAUAGACAAUUUGUGCCUGUCUAACAUAGACUGCUGCCCUGAACACAGCCACUGCAAAAAUGGGCUGUGUUAUUGUAUGGAUGGAUACGUGCCUUCUGACAACAAUCAGCAGUGUCAUGAACUAGUGAAAGAAAAAGCAACCAAAAUGCCAGACACCAGCAUCAACCCGUGCAGCAACAACCCAUGUCAUGCAGGCACAUGUUUGCUGGAUGACAGCCUGGGAUACAGGUGUGCCUGUCCACUAGGGAAAUCUGGUCCAUUGUGUAACAGAGACAUCAAGUUCUACGAGCCAUCCUUCAGCGGCGUCUCAUACCUUGAGCUGCGACGCAUUGAUAAAGCCACCCAAGACACCAGAAUAGAAAUCAUCUUCACCUCCACCAACGACAACGGCAUCCUGCUCUUCAAUGCUAAAAAUAGAGAUGGCAGCGGGGACUUUAUUUCACUGGCGGUCAUUGACGGUUUUGUUGAAUUCAGGUUUGAUCUGGGUGCUGGCCCCGCCACCAUAAAGAGCCGAGACAAAAUCGAGCGAGGCAAGCCUCACCAUGUGGCGGCUCGCAGGAUCAAGGAGGUGGGCCACCUCAUCGUAGACAAGGGUGACCCUGUCGUUGGGAACGCCCCCUCGACCUUGACCUCUCUGGAACUCAAUGACCCACUUUAUCUUGGAUUUGUCCCAAAUGCUACAAAAGAGGUGUAUGAUAAGAUUGGUGUGAGACUGGGUCUAGUGGGCUGUAUCAGCUCCCUGCGUGCUGGAAGUCAGGAUGACCUGGUGUAUGAUAAGAUUGGUGUGAGACUGGGUCUAGUGGGCUGUAUCAGCUCCCUGCGUGCUGGAAGUCAGGAUGACCUGUACACUUACAACCUGGCGUACACGGAAGGUUUCAGUGACAUCAAAUCUGGCGUGGACAUCAACUCAUGUGUCAACAACCCCUGUAAAGAUAUCCCAUGUGAAAAUGGGGGCACCUGCCGUGUCAUUGACUCACUCCUUUACGAAUGCCAUUGUAGGGAAGGAUACAAAGGCAGGAAGUGUGAGAUAACCAUCAACCCCUGUGCCAGCCAGCCCUGUGAGUAUGGCGGCAGCUGUGUGCCUAUGACGAGCGUGGAAGGCUUCUUCUGCCAGUGUGCCCACGGACGUGAAGGGACCAGAUGUGAAAGAGAAUCAAAACCAGAGGAGGUGUAUGUAUCCCAGUUUAUUGGAGACUCCUACAUGGAACUUCCUGUAGAAGAAAAGCUGUCCAGCUACCUGUCCAUUGAGAUCUGGUUCAUGGCCAACAAGCCCAGUGGUCUGUUGCUGCUGAUCACACAGAACACUAGCGCUGGUGUGGGGGACUUUGUCGCUCUCUACCUGGAGGAGAAAAACCUGGUGUUUGCCUUCAACCUGGGCAGUGGGAUAGGGAGGAUUGAAAGUAAAAAACAUGUACACCUGGACAAAUGGCAUAACGUCACCAUCUCAUUGUCUGGACGCUCUGGACAAAUGAGUAUAGACAAGCACCCCCCUCUCUUUGGUGAAGCACAGUUCACCGAUAAUGUGGGACCAUCAUCCAUGCUGAACAUAGACAACAGAUCUUUGUUUCUUGGAGGCUUUAAUAAAGAAACUGAUGUCCCUGUUAAAUUGCGUCCUCAAACUGGCUUUACUGGAGCUAUACAAAGAAUCAUUAUCAAUGGGCGAACUGUUGUUGGUCUCAUGUCAACAGCCACAACCAUGCGUCAUAUUUCCCCAUACAAUGGGCCCCCUUGUAAUGUGAACCCAUGCUUGAAUGGUGGGGCAUGUGUACCCAAACUGUACAACUAUGAAUGCAGGUGCCCUAAAGCUUACAUUGGGGAAAAAUGUGAAACACCUUAUGAUCAUAGAGAUGCCGAUGAGGCUGUGCAAUUUGAUGGCUCAACUUUCCUGAAUUUUGCAAAUGAAAUCGUGAGAAAACAAGAAGGUCAGCAGUCCAACAGAUUUACUGUGACAUUCCGCACCACAGUGCCAGACGGCAUCCUGCUCCUACAGCAAGGUGGGGAAAAUGUCAUCUCCGACUACCUGAGCUUGGCCGUGGCCAGGGGCAAGGUGGAGUUGUCCUACAACCUGGGCAAGCAGACGGCCAGCAAGCUCCACGUGAUUAGGUCCACCGUUGAUGUGGCUGAUGGGCAGUGGCAUACCGUGGAGGCAGUGAGGCAACAGAGAGAAGGCUCUCUCAAAGUGGACUAUGAAGAACCUGUAUUAGGCAGCUCAGAACAAGGGACACAACAACUAGACACUGAUGGGAAUCUAUGGGUGGGUGGAAAGAAUAGCCUGCCCUUGGGUCUGCCCACAAUGAGUAAUUUUAAAGGCUGCAUUAAAUCUGUGGAGGUGAAUGGUCAGCAGCUUCACCUGGUCAGGGAUCGUAACGGCCAAAGUAGCAACAUUGUACUCUGUACAUAAUAUGAAUUAUAUUUUAUUAAUGUAAAGUAACUAUUCCAAUUAUUAUGUAUAUCAGGUCUGAAUUUAUAAUUUAAUAUUUCUAUGUAUUGAAAAAAUAAUAAUUGCAAAAUGUAUGUUUUGAGUUAAAAAAAAACGUUUUUUAAAAAUAUAUAACAGAAAAAGUGCUUACCUGGCUAAUUAAUGUUUUGAAAUGUUGGAUACAAGUGAAGUGACUUGCAUUAUACUGUGUUUUAAUCACUGAGUAUCAAGGUCCAUAACCCACAUACUUGUGUACAAUGAUUUAACCUCUAUAGGCAUGCACCUCCCUCACAUAAAGGGCUUACAUAAUAGCGAAUUUCAUAGCAGGGUGUAUUGUUACACUAUUUUAUCUUUAUCCCCAUUUAUGAGACGUUCACUUUUUUUUUAUUAUCCCAUAACACAAUUGUUUGCUCAUUAAAAAUUGGAAACAAAUUUAACAAACUCAUCUUGUAUAUGUUAUUGUUAUCUUGUAUUGGACUUAAUGCUUGUGUAGAUAGGCCCAGCUGUGUUAGACCCCCCUCCCCCCAAAUCUUUGUCCUAUUUGUUGUAAGAAUAUAAACACUUAUUGUGAUGGUGGAAGUUUACCAUAGACCUGAUGUAACCUUAGAGUGUUUGUGAUGUAAAUAGAAUAUUCAAUUUUGGUGAUUGGUUCAGGGGAAGUAACUAGCACCUGAGUGAUGCCCCUUCCCUUUUUUUUUUACUCCCCAUUAAUGUUCCAAUUCAUGCCUUACUUAACCAAUCACAAUCUCCAUAACACUGUGUAAUUAAUACACACUUUAUUGCCUACACCUGUUUCAUUCCAUUUUUUAAAGUUUAAAAUGUUUCUGCAUUUUUUUUUAAGUUGUGGCUAAUUUUUGUAACUCUUUUAAUUUUAUUCUAUUCUAAAAAAAAAUCUUUCUCUUUCAACGUUUUGCUUUAAAUAACUGUUUUCACAUUUUUGUGUUUGCACUCAAUUAAAACAAUUGUAGCUGAAUUACAUGUUUCUGUAAUGCAUUGUUUUAAUAUGAACUAUACAAUCUACAAUCCUGGGCCAGUUACUUAAAAAUUAUGUCCACAAUCUUAACCCCUUAACGGCGACUGUCGCUAAAGCGUGACAUACCAAUGUAUUGCUUUCCAUUCUUUCCAUCACUCAGACCUGUCUUGUAAUAUCACCACCGCCAACCCUGACUCAGAGAUGCAUUUGUAGCCUCCUUUCAUCUCUCAGAGCCCUAGGCUAACAUGCCGGUUCCAAUUCCUACAAGUCUAUCAAUGUUAUAAUUUCAACCCUGCAAAUCCAGUUCCUAGAUAUCUAUCAGAAUGUUAAAAUCACC